UUUUGUCUGUGAGUCGGGAGUUGCCGCUGUCCUGUUUGCCUGCUGCUGUGCUGGCUUUCUGUCCCCCCUCUUCGCCCUCUUCUCUGCGCCGGGCCAGGGGUCAGCUCAAAGACAAACGCGCGGGUCACUGGCUUUAGAGAGGGAGCGAGGGGGGGUGAGAGAGUAGAGAAGAAAGAGAAAGAGAAAGAGAGAAGGUCAGUGAGUUGGGAGGACUUCGGGGGCUGUAUGUUUGGGCAGCAGGAGGACGUUGGGGGGCUGCUGAAGGAGACGGGGCAAUGUGUAAAGAGAGAGUGGAAGAGAGAAAGGGGGAGGGGUAGGAGUGCUCUUCUCUGUAUGUCCAAGCAGAGAGUCCUUUUUAGAGCCGUCCAGUGUAGCCAGAGUGCCUUUUGUCUGUUGAUACAAUCAGAGGACCGGAGGAAGUGAAGAGUUUUUCUGUCAGCCUCUUCUUCCUGCUGCUGCUCUCAAGGAGACUUGGACAGGUCUAUCUCUUUCACCUGUUUGGCUCUGUUGGACAGGGCAGACCGCUCACCAUGAAGGGCAUGGGGAAUAGAGGAUGUCAGCAGAUGCAUUUGGAGCCGGGGGCAGUGAUGCCCAGCAGACCCUGCAGUCCUUCUGGCCUCGGGUCAUGGAGGAGAUCAGGAACCUGACUGUGAAGGAUUUCCGUGUGCAGGAGCUUCCUCUGGCCCGUAUCAAAAAGAUCAUGAAGCUAGAUGAGGAUGUCAAGAUGAUCAGCGCAGAGGCUCCCGUCCUGUUUGCUAAGGCAGCUCAGAUCUUCAUCACAGAGCUCACCCUUAGAGCGUGGAUCCACACUGAAGACAACAAGAGGCGUACGCUACAGAGGAACGACAUCGCCAUGGCAAUAACAAAAUUCGACCAGUUUGACUUCCUGAUUGACAUUGUGCCGCGGGAUGACCUGAAGCCUCCAAAACGACAGGAGGAGAUGCGACAGUCUGUAGCUCCAGCCGAGCCGGUGCAGUACUAUUUCACUUUGGCCCAGCAGCCCGGAGCUGUGCAGGUGCAGGGGACACAAGCGGCUCAGCAGCCUGGAGCACAAGCAGCAGCCACCAUUCAGCCGGGACAGAUCAUCAUCGCACAGCCGCAGCAAGGACAGAUGCUGCAAGGUGCCAUGCAGCAGAUACAGCAAGUGCAGGUGCAAUCACAGGGCACACCCAUUACGAGCGCACCUGUGGCCAUGCAGGUGAGCGAGGGUCAGCAGGUACAGAUAGUUCAAGCUGCAGCAGCACAGGGUCAGGCCCAAACAGCCCAAGCCCAAGGACAGACCAUGCAGGUCAUGCAGCAAAUCAUCACCAACACAGGAGAGAUCCAGCAGAUCCCGGUGCAACUUAACACCGGCCAGCUACAGUACAUCCGUCUAGCUCAGCCUGUCUCUGGAGCGCAGGUGGUCCAAGGACAGAUCCAGACUUUGGCAAACACCCAGCAGAUCACACAGACAGAGGUACAGCAAGGACAACAGCAGUUUAACCAGUUUACUGAUGGACAGCAGUUGUAUCAGAUUCAGCAGGUGACCAUGCCAGCAGGACAGGAGCUGACCCAGCCAAUGUUCAUUCAGUCCACCAACCAGACAGCUGACGCUCAGGUCACACAGGUCAGCACUGACUGAGCCCAGCCAGGAAACCUGUUCUCCACACAUUCAGACCAGCCCAUGCAAUUCCACCGACUUCUUCAACCUUUGAUAACCUUGAUUUGAUGUCCUCUCAUGUAACAGAGGGAGCCGAGAUCUGUUUUUUGGUCAUAAAUUCAGUACACUGGAAAAAAAAGCCAAAGGGACACUAAAUUGACUUUUUUCGUACUCAUAUUUAGUCACAUCAAUGUUCAGACACUUUUUAUACUUUGUCCCCUACUUCCCCCUGUCUCACCCCUUUUCUCAUGCAAUAUUUUUGAAAACAUAAGAGUGUGUGCUGUUUCCUUUGGAACAAGCAGGGAAAGCAUCCGUCUCUGGGUACACGAGCUGCACCUGGAAAAUCUAGGGUUGAAGAUAGCGAUGGGAUCCGUCAUCAGACCUAUUGUUUUUGAAGGGGAUGGAUGAAAUGAAGCCAUAUACCUCAGAUUUCACUUUUUUACAGCAACUCAAUCUAAGGAAUCUCCAUCAGAGGUUAUGAGGUUCAUUCACAGUUUUCAUGUUGUUUUGUGUUGUUUCCCACGUUGACAGUGAAGCAUGUUAGAGAGCUUCAAACUAGGCUAGCUGUGUAAGUUAUGAAGUGUGUGCAUGUGCUUGUUGGAUCAAGCAUUUACACUGCAGUUCUGUUUUUUCUUCCAUAUUUUCUACCCUCCUGUCUUUAGAGCAUAGCCUCUUCUCCACCUCGAUGCAGUUCAUUACCCCCCCAACCCUGGUGGUUUCAGUCUCAUGCACAAACACAUGACUUUAAAGAAAAAAAAGUUUUUUAUAGAAGUCUGUUUUUCAAACCAGUGUUUAACUUUCAGUUUUGAAUUGAAGUUUUCAUCCUAACACCUUCCCUCUUUUUGUACAGUAAUGAUUAUUAUCAAUGUUCUUAUUAUUAUUGUUUCUGCAUGUAGUUGAAACUGCCAGCAUGACGCUUUAGGUAGGUACAUUUUUAUUUUGGACUUUUUUGUAAACAAACUUUGUUUGUGAGAAAAAAUAAAAACUUGUUCAAGA